UAAACGGAGACAAACAAAGAGCACGUUCGCGCUGUGAUAACUAAACCCUGACCUCAGUGACGGGCACCGUGAAGGUUGUCUCCAUGUCUAUCCGCGUAUUUAGUGGGUGUAGUGGUUCAUGUUAACAGAACGGCAUUCGUCCCCCGUGGAACUACGUUACCCAGAAUCCUUCGCUUUCACGUCGAAAACUGACGAAAAGGUCGAAACAAAACCGGCUAGAGAAAGACAGGCACCGCGUGUGGUGUAGACACUGAGCCUCUGAUGGCUGGUCGACUCCUCAAAGUCUCCUCUCUGGCUACUGUGGCAUUUGCCUCGUCUGGGUUUUAUCUGUAUAGCAGACAGCUGGACCUCAAUGACCUGAGUAUUAUCCGCUUUGGACGAGCCGCUGCCACUACGGUGGUUAUCAGCUACGACUACCUGACUGCUUUCGAACAUGUGGAACACGGCACAGAGGAAUACUGGGCGCUCAAGUCCAAGGUUCACCGGCGGUCAGCAGAGCGUCUCCUAGAUUUGUGCUGUGCCAAUCGUGGCACUUUCAUCAAGGUAGGCCAGCACCUUGGUGCUCUGGACUACCUGCUGCCUGAGGAGUACACAUCCACACUGAAGGUGCUUCACAGUCGAGCUCCUCAGAGCAGCAUGGAGCAGAUCCAGCAGGUCAUCAGAGAAGACCUCGGUAAGGAGCUGUCCGAGUUAUUUGUCUCCUUUGAGGAGAAGCCUCAGGGUGCAGCCUCCUUAGCUCAGGUCCACAAGGCAGUGCUUCAUGAUGGGAGGACAGUGGCUGUCAAGGUCCAACACCCCAAAGUCCAGAGACAAAGCUCCAAGGACAUAGUGGUGAUGGAGGUAUUGUUGAGGGCAGUCCAUAAGGUCUUCCCUGACUUUGCCUUCAUGUGGUUGGUGGAAGAGGCCAAGAAGAACAUGCCACUGGAGCUGGACUUCCUUAAUGAGGGACACAAUGCAGAGAGGGUGGCCAGAAUGCUGGCCCACUACCCCUUCCUCAAGGUUCCCAUGAUCCACUGGGAUCUGUCAACAAAGAGGAUCCUGACCAUGGACUUUGCUGAGGGCGGCCAGGUCAACGACAAAGACUACAUGAAGAAACACGGCAUCAACGUCAAUGAGAUCUCAGAGAGCCUGGGUAAGAUGUACAGUGAGAUGAUCUUCGUCCACGGCUUUGUUCACUGUGACCCGCAUCCAGGCAACGUGUUGGUCCGAAAGUGUCCCCAGAACAAGAAGACAGAGAUUGUCCUGCUUGAUCACGGCCUUUAUCAGAUCCUGAAACCAGACUUCAGGUUGGACUACUGUCGGCUGUGGCAGGCUCUGAUUAACAGCGACAUGUCCAAGGUGGAGCGUUACAGCCGCAGACUGGGAGCUGGAGAUCUGUACCCGCUUUUUGCCUGCGUCCUUACUGCUCGCUCUUGGACCGCAGUCAAUGCUGGCAUCAGCUCUGUGCCUGUCACAAACUCUGAGGAUGUUGAGAUUCGGACCAACGCAGCUCUGUACCUGCCCCAGAUCAGCGAGCUCUUGAAUCGAGUGCCCCGUCAGAUGCUGUUGCUGCUGAAGACCAAUGACCUGCUGAGGGGCAUUGAGACCACCUUACAGACCAGAGCCUCGUCCUCGUCCUUCAUCAACAUGUCCCGCUGCUGCAUACGUGCCUUGGCCAGGCACAAGAAGAGUAAGGCUCAGUCCAGCAGGAGGCGUCUGCAGAUAAAGCUGGCUGAAUCUCUCAGCCUGGGGAGACUCACUCUCUAUGAACUGUUUCUGUGGGUGAAGAGCUUCAUGUCAGUACACUGGCUCACUGCUCUGCUGCCAUUUCUGCGCUGACACACAUGGACUUCAGACUGGAACAUCAGCAACACAUCGCAAAAGAUGACUACUGGCUGGUUUGUAAUACAUUGUAUAAUAAAACCAUUUAAAUAUGUGCCCAAACACACACACACACGGCCAAUACAUGCUGAGGUUUUUUAACAUCAGGACUGUCAAGAUCACAACUUGUACAACGUGCUGAUGUCGUUUUCUCAUGAUUAUGUCAUAAUUGUGUUUCUUUUAUUUAAGAUAAGUCAAUUUUUGUUUUAUUUGUUUUACUCUUAUUUAAGUUCAGAAUAUACUGUCAGAUAAUUAUUUCUCUCUUAAAUGUAUCUUAUGUACAAUAUUUAUUGUGCAUGAGACCAAAAUCAGCCAUAAAUAGUGCUCGAAGAAGUAAUGUGUGUGUGGGUUAACUGCAGUUUGUCAAGUAAUAAGUUAAGUAAGUUCCAGCACAUUACUGAAGCCACAGACUCGUUCCUGACUCCAGCUCCAUACACUGACAUGAGAUUAUCAUCCAUCUCCUCAUCUCAGUUUCAGAAAAACAGUUCCACACGUUUUCCAAAAUCUUCAACUAUCACUUUGAUUCUUAGAAAAUAGAAUAUAUAAUAAUGUUCCCUCUGGAAGAAGCUGGACCACUGAUUCAUACGCACUCCUUAACUAAAUACCUCAGAAUGCAGUUUGUGUCAAGUUGCAUCUUUUACAGGUAACACCUUUUUUAUUGUCAUUAUAUAAUAACGGGUCAUGUUUACUGUUUCAAUGUUACUGUUGUUUCUUGGUUAAAUACUGUACACUCAUUCCACACCAGUUUGUAUUACUAUUGGUUUCAGUGUCGUGCACUGAAUUGUGGUCACUGACAGUGAGACAUCUCUCUUCCUGUCACUGAGAAGCGUUGAUGUGAUUGCUGUUGGUGGGUUUAAUAUACAACAUGACUUAUUGCGUAGCUGUCCACAAAAGUCUCUCUUCUCUGACCAUCGUUUUUUUUUCUUGUCCCAUCUUUUUCUCUUAUAUACCUUGUGAACUCUUGUUUUCUAAUCAGUGAAGAAAAGAUCACCGUCGGUUAUUUCGUACGUUUUCAGGCUAAAUAAUGUCAUAAUGUCACACCAAACUUACGACCUGUGCUUUGUUGUUAUGAAAGUCAGUCACAGUCAUAGUCGGCAGCUCUUGAAAACAUUCAAGCUGUAUUGUUGACUUCAUACCAGUUGUUGAAAGUCUGUUGCUUGGUUACAGUUAUGCAGUUUUCAUAUGGGGAUGAAAACAUACAAAUAGAGCAUCACAAAGUAAAAAACACUAUGUUACUGUCCAAAAAGCAGUUUUUUUCCCCCCAAAACAUAUUUUGUGCAUGAGCCACUGUGUCACAACUGCAGAUGAUCUGUGGGCCUACCUGUCGUAUCACGUUUGUCUCAUUCAGGAACAGUGCUGUAAAGAGUUCAGAGUCAUGUCAGAAGGAUUUGCUGCAGGAUCUAAGUUCACUAACUUUGUCACAAUUCUAAGGCUACAUCCAUUGGACUAAGUUUUGUUUUGAAAACAGCGCUUUCUCUGUCAAUCUCUGUCCACACAAGCAUUUUGGAUCCUUAUCAAUUUUUAUCCCCGUCCAUAGUAACACGCCUGAAAACGAAAAUCACAUGACCGCUCACGUACACUGGGCAUGUGCCUGUCGAUGUACACAGUAAACAUUUGGUUGUUAGUUGCAGUAUUGUUACUCAAAUAGUAGCUCAUCUCCUACACAUGUAAGCAGUUGUAUCAUUGUAAAAUACAGAAUUUAACUGCACAGCUGUUACAAAGACAACAGGGUCAGCAACGCUUGUUAAUUGAUUAUCCAUGUUGCGUUUUACACUGCUACGUUGUGACCGAAAGGACUCAAUCAGCAAAUGGUUUUGUGUGUCUCCUUAAGAGAUUCCAAACAUUUAUGUUUCUGGCUGUCCAGACUAAAACUUGUGGCUUGUAUAGUCAACUGUACUUGUCACUGAUGAUGCAAAAUGAGUUACAGCGAUAAGCUGGUUAUUAAUUAUGUAGGGGAUCGAGAAGGGAGCCCCUUCAGAUAUAUGACCAGUGUCAGUUUUAGCAUAUCACCUAGGAUGUGACAAAUGACACACCUCCUCUUCAUUACUACAUCAACUUCUUCUUCUCUCUGUAUUCAUUUUUCUCUCCACAUUAGCUACAUUUGUGUACAAAGAACCAUAGACUGUGUAUAACGAUCAACAACACGAGGGCUUCUUAAACUGAAGCCAAAUCCUCUCCAUCACCCCCUGGUGGAUGGCUGCAGUAUAGUCUAAUUCCCCACCCCCUCCCUCCUGGGCCACAGGAACAGAAAUGCUGGACAUAUUCGACAAACAAACAUCGAAACUGGGGUAAAAGAUAAUUUUCAAUGUAUAUUCUGCUAUUCUCCAAAUAUCUAGAAGAGCAGCACCGGCACACCUGAGACGGUUUCUGUCAUUUUAGGUAGUUCACACUGAUGUAUGUGCCAUGCAGACCCGGAUCCAGGAUAUAUUCACUUAAGAAGUGGAGAUGUGCCAUCCAUCUUUACAUACAGUCACUGCCAAGAACAGAAAGUGCACUUUUUGGAAGAUCCCGUCUCGGUGUGAAUUGGAAUCAGCAUGUAAAAACAAAUGGUGGGAUGUUUCAUUAUAGAAUAAUAGAUUAACUAACAGGACAGAAUUCAAGGGUGUGGUGUCAUUUAUUGCUCCCCUGGUUUACUUUGCUAAACACUUCUGCUGACAUAUUCAGAUAGUCAGAGGCUGCUCAGAUGAUGUUUUGAAAUUCUGAAAGCAAACUAUACUGCAAACGAAGGGGGGAACAACCUGUUUAUUAUACACACCGUCUUCCAUUCUAACUCCCACAACAGAAUCCUAAAAUACAUAUUGUAGACUUUUUAGGAUGUAAGAGGAGAGAACAAUCCCAAAUAACAAAAAGCAGACGAGCCUCAAAAGCUUAGAAGGAAAGGUACAAAAGACAACUGUGGAAGAGGAGGAAAGAACAAAACAGAAAAGAGGUGGAUAAAAAGUUUUAGGGUGGUGAAAAAAAUAAACAUCCAAAUUCUUCAUUCAACUUUCUUUUUAAUCUCCUUUCCAUUUAAUUCCAUAAACCACAGGGAUCAUUAUUGUCAUGUCCUGUUUUGUAUGAAGGUUAUUGAACAUUGAUAAUGUUAGUUCAGACUAUGGGUUUUGUUUUUUUCGUGUUGAAAAUGAUUUGGUUUGUUGAGUAAAAUCAAUAACCAGUGUUUGAUUUAUUUAUUUAAUUAUUAAAAAUGAUAGUAUGUAAAUUCCCCACAAUAAAAUGUCUAAAAAAUGUUA